AUGCAGGGAAAAAUCGGAAAAAUAUUUGACAAAACACAAGAGAUACGNGUCCGUGCGCCACGGUUCGAUGCCGUCCGCCUGCUCCGGUUCCGCUGCUCGGGUUCCGCUGCUCCGGUGCCGCUGCUCCGGUGCCGCUAUGGCCAGUCCUAGCAAGACGAAACUCGACCCGCUCCGCUUUGUACACGCUCUCGUUGCUGUCCAUCCCAGUCAGUUCCU